AAUGAAGGAUACUCCGGCCAGAACAGCCCGACGAUAGUCGCGCAUUGGCGGUUGAAGAAUGCAGACGAAAAUCAUUCUGCGGGAACGAACCAUUGCAUAGAUAUCGAUGUCGCGCAAAGUUUUAUGCAGUGAAAAAAGUGAAUGAGAAGAGCGAUAUUUCAUUGCAAUAAAAAUGAUUCGGAGGUUGUGUUGUAUAAUUCAUUUCAAUAGUUCACCACAAUGGAUUAUGUGAACUGCCUUUCCAGUGGCGAAGAAAGCUCAUCAUCACACGAGGAUAAUUAUGAUGCACCUGUGCUGUUUUGGAAGUAGAAGUGAUAAAGUAUCACCGGGCGAGUCGGCAGAACAUUCUGCAUCUUCAUCGCCCAAUAAGGAUGACACGAACUUGUUCCAAAAUGAUCGGCAUUGCACUGACAUCUUGUUCGUAGCCAUCAAGGCCGCCUUCAUCUUGAUUCUGCUGGUGCUCAUUAUCUACUGUAUGGUGUUCGGUGACAUCUACAGGAUAAUAAAUGGAUACGACGACUGUGCGAACGUGUGUGGCCGCGACAACAAACCAGAUAAGGAUCUUUCGUGCAAGGGCACGGAUCGCACCGAUCAGAAAUACCUUCUAGUGGAAACAUCUGGAACAUCAUCGGACCUACACCGGCAGUGUGUAUCAAAGUGCGAAGAUGUUGAAGGCUACAAACCCUUCCUGAACCGUUGCAUACGCAAGGAGAAUCCCGCCAACGACGUGGCCACCCGCACCGGGUUGCGAAACUUCUUCCAGGAAGUAUCGGAGGACUUGGAAUCAUGCUCCAUGGAAAUGCUAUGGUUGUGCGCCAUUGCGUUUGCGUUCUCGCUGCUGACACUGGUAUUGCUAAGAUUCCUGCCAGGUUUUAUCGUGUGGGUGGUGCUGCUGGCCGUCAUAGUGGCUUGCACCGUGGGAACCAUCUGGUUGUGGGUCAAAUGGGACUGGGAGAAGAAAAACAUGUCCACCGAAGCUGGCGAGGGGGCGAAAAUGCGAACCAAUAAUUACUUGUACUACGCCAUCGCUGCAACAGGCGUGACCAUUAUCGUGUGUCUGAUUGUGCUGGUCAUGAGAAAAAGGAUCCGAAUGGUGGUGCAGCUGUUUCGCGAAGCGGGAAAAGCCAUUUCCAAUAUGCCGUUUUUGCUGCUGGAGCCUGUAUUGACAUUUGUGUCGAUCGCAGCGGUUAUCGUAUUGUACGUAUACUUUACCAUGUGGGUGGAAAGCUCAGGAAUGCUCAAGGUGGAGAACAAUCAAAGCGCCAAGUACGUUAAGGACACGACAAUGCUCUUCACCCGGUGGUACAACUUGCUGGCAUUCUUUUGGUUUUGUCAAUUCAUAAUCGGUUGUCAGCACAUGGUCAUAGCUGGAGCGGUAGCCUGUUGGUUCUUCACGCGCAACAAGUCUAAACUGGGGAGUCCGAUAUUGAAGAGCUUCGGAAAUUUGCUGCGAUAUCACAUGGGUACUGUUGCGCUGGGUUCGUUCAUCAUUGCAGUCGUUCAGUUCUUACGGACCAUGUUGAAACUGCUGAUGUACUACGUUCGGGAACGCCAGAACAGAUUUACAACCUGCAUCUUCGAGUGUUGCCAGUGCUGCCUGCAGUGUUUCGAGAAGUUCCUCCAAUAUCUUACACGAAAUGCGUACAUCAUGACCGCAAUGCACGGUGAUCCUUUUUGCAAAGCAGGCAAAAAUGCCUUCAGACUACUAACGAACAAUGCCCUUCGUGUAUUCGCAAUCAAUUCAGUAGGAGAUUUUGUUCUGAUCCUCGCCAAGGUGUUCGUAGUAGUGGUGACUUGCCUCGUCGGAAUGGAACUCAUCCAGAAAAAAACCGGAUUACACCAUCCAUAUGUUCCAAUAAUUCUUGUGGGCAUCUUCGCUUACCUGGUGGCACAUUGCUUCAUGACUGUUUAUGAGAUGACCGUCGAUACUAUAUUUCUGUGUUUCUGCGAGGACUGCGAGACUAACGAUGGCAUAAGUCGACCGUACUACAUGUCCCGGGGCUUGAUGGAGUUUGUCCAGAAUUCGAAAAAGGCACUUGCAGUGCACGAUUCACGCACGGCAAGCACCCUGAAGGAUGGAGGAGCGUGGACCAAAGACGAACUGUCUGGUGCGAACAGGAGAUUAUCCAAAACUAUCUCGGAAACAGUGGACUGAUCAGUUUUUUUUCUAAGCUUUUUAGAUAUUAGAUGAGAACGAAAAGAAUGUUGUGGAUUUUAACAAAUUAAAAAUGAGCUCAUUUUACUUUUGUGUGUGCGUGGUUUGAUGCUUAUACAAACAAUGCUUAAAUAAAAGUAGCACAAUCUUUUA